AUUUCUGUCAAGGUACAGGUGCAAAAUAAUAAUCAUCGUCUGCAACAAGCGAGCUGAAUUAUUUAUAAUGCUGGCUCGGUGACGAUACACGAUAGGUGCUUUCUUCAAGGCAAAAUAAUUUGCUAGAUGAUGGUCGUAUCACAUGAAAGCAUUAUAUGAAAUCAUUAAUCAGCCUAAACAGUGUAUAAGAGCAAAAUCAAAUUUUUAUAAUGCGUUAAAUCAUCGAAGACAUGUCAUUGCACUUUAUCUCAUUGCACUUUACAUGAUUAAAAAAUCACACAAAUAUGUCAUUAGUAAUGCCGGAGUAAACCUGCGCCUGGGGAUGCGCGGUGGGAGAUAGGGGAAUGACGUAAAAUUAAAAAAUUGCCCGGCCUCUGAAAUUUGAAAGGGGGAUGUGUACUGAUACCGCAUAAAACUAUAGUGUGCUGUUCAUGAUACAGGUGUACAUCUUUGAGAUAGAUAUAUAUAUAUAUCCCACAAAUCCGCCUUCCUGUUUUUUCACCUCAAAAAAGUGGGAGAUGAUUCAGUGUCCACCCCUCCCCCCAAAAAAAUUUAAAAAGGGGGAUUAUACUCCCAACCCCUCAGGAUUUGUGCUCCCAUGCAUUAGAAUACAAUGAAAAAUCCGGUAAAAAUAUACGAUAAAGUACACAGUAAAAACAUCAAUAUAUAUCAAAGAUAUAUGAAUAUAUGAAUCCUGACAAAAAAUAGUAUUUUUGUGCUACCUUUAAAUAAUGAAAUAAGGAAGUCUGUUUCUAUGCCACAUACUGGGUGCAGAUGGCGAAAAGCCACGCCUGUCAUACUGAUCUAAAUUAUUUUGGGGGAGAACUGAGCGUGUACGAAACAGGCAAUAAUGGAUCGUUCGCAUUACCUCAGGUACCUCGGGCAACAGUUGUCUGAUUUGCAUAACAAAAAUAUUACUCUUUUCUGCCUUCCAUUUUAAUUGGCGCUUCCUUCAGCCAGCAAUAGCUCAUUGAAAAAUUAAUACUUAUGGAUAUUCCUAGCUACGGGUGAAUACACGUUUCGUGUUGGCAAUUCAUAUCGGCUACUUCACUGCUAGUGAUGAAGGAAUUUGGUUCAUAGUCUACUAUCCAAAAAGAAUCGUUCCAACUGUUGAAGAAAAUGUUCAAAGCGCUCGUCGUCGAUUCAGGGAAUUCUUUUUACUGAAGUGCUGGCUGUGGGUUACAAGAGUAAACAGUGAAGCUUGUCCGUGCGAAUUUCCUAUGAUGAUUGGUGAUGUAUAGCCUGAAUCUUACUUGCAUGACGUUACCAAAGCCGUUCGGAGACAAUUCCAGGCUAUUACACACGUCAUUUCGUUUACAGGACACUUUUAUAAUUUUACUUCAAGGGAAGCGUAACCAUGUGACUUGAUACGAAUGCUUAGCACUGGCUGACACAUGCGAACGAAUGAUGAUAGAUGAGGAGACGCCUCUUCAAAUCCCACAUUUUGUCGUGAUUAUAGCGACAGACAUGGAGGUAAAUUCUACUGUAAUAGUUUAUCCAGGUGUAACACCAGCUAUCUCUGUGUCUGAAAGACGAUUCUUAGCUACCAUUCUCUGUAUCAUCGUGGUGACUGGCCUGUUCGGCAACAGCGUGGUUAUGAUGUCUGUGUUUUUGUCCAAGAAACUACGGCGUUGCAUUACCACUUUCUUCAUCCUUAAUUUGAGUGUAGCUGACGUGGCAGCUUGCCUCAGUAUGCCAUGGACUAUCGUGUCAUUCCUUUACCCAGGAGGAUGGCCAUUACCAGAUUUCCUGUGUCAGAUGGGUGGCUUUGGUCUGAUCAUGUUUUUCGGCUGCAGCGUCAUGACCUUAUCAACCAUUGCAAUUAACCGUCUUCAUUUAAUCACAUGGACUAGACAUACGUAUCUCACAAUCUACACACCUAUCAAGACGGGUUUCAUUAUCCUAGCGACUUGGCUAUUGGCGAUCAUGGUUGCCUCAGUACCUCUGAUCUUCAACUUUGGGCAACUCGGCUACAGCGCUCGUCAUGCCAGUUGUACCAGAGAUCCUUCUCAUCCACUUGCCACGGCUCUAAACAUCUUCCUUGCUGCAGUCUUCUACCCAGUGCCAUGUCUAAUUAUCAUCAGCAGCUACGCUAAAAUUUAUUCCUUCGUGAGGAGUCACUCCAGGAUUAUAAAACAUGGACAUGAUCCGACCAAGACAAGUCGUACCAGAGCACAGAUUGAUAGAGCACACUUUAGAGGGCAUAUAUCGCGUCGUCAGCUUCUCGUCACCUGGAAUAUGUUCUACGUCGUGUGCGUCUUCUGUGCCUUAGUUUCCCCAUACGCAAUCGCUCUAUUCAUUUCAAAUAACGACCGAGCCCUUCCCUAUACGGCUGUUGUUCUGAGCUUUAACAGUUGCAUCAAUCCAUUUAUCUACGCCACCAAGCAUCCUGAUUUCAAGAAAGUCAUGGUUUGCAUUUUGACCUGUCGAAUUAGAAACAUACCUGGAAGAGUCCGACGACAACGUACACCUGCCCAGCCGUUAAAGAACUAAGCGAACAGCACAUUGAAACGUCAUCAUAUUUAAUGACAUCACUAUUAUAAAGGAAAUUAAUGACUUUUAAUAUGUAGCUGAAAAGUUAAUUUGUAUGGUAUGACUUGUUGAAGUUUAUGUACAACAGGUACGCAGGCUCAGGCUGAUAGUGCUGCGCACAAAUUGCGUGGGGGGUUGGUACCUAGCGUGGGUACAUGUAUUUAAGCGCGUGGCUCGCACGCGGUCGGGGUCUUCUGUCGCUCUGUUUGGUCACAAGCUGGUGCACUCUGCGUCCCGGGCCGCUUGCCUCCCUCUUUUCAUUGCCUGGGACCCGGAGUCAGUGUUUGCGCUGCGCAACCUGGUGUGCCUGACGACAACGGAGCUAGGCCGUGUACCAGGGUGAGUUAGAACCCCAGUUACUGGGCUUGAGAGGGGAUUUUGCCGUUGUCAGCCCUGUUUGGACCAAACACCUUAUAAGGUGCCCCUAUAGCUGUACAUGAAUAAAUACACCAGUCAAGACCGACAGACAAAGUUGUGUAUUGGCUCUUUCCAUUCUCUGGUUCCUCCCCCCCCCCGGAUAUUGUGGUGUGCGUGAGAGCGCUUGAGUGCCCCGGUGCCUGGUGAACAGACUGCCCCGCAACGAGUAUGCCCCCGGCCUUCUUAUUAGACCGCUCGUAGGACGGCCGAGGCCCUAAUAGUUCCAACUGAUCGG